GGCGGAAGUUUUCGGUUCCUGAUGUCAACACUCGUCGCCUUCUAUGAUGAGGUUGAUUCGAUUCAGAACAAAGGCUGUUAUUAUUUAUUUUUGUUGUUUAAGUUUAUUGUUUCUCACAGUCCUGUAUUUCUCUCGAGGAAAUACACAGCCUAAGAAUGCGGGUUCGGUGUUCGACCAUAUGGCGGUUGACAGAGUCGUGUUGGCCAAUGAUCAGUCACAGGAACUAUUACUUCCUAAAGUUAAACCCAUUUUCAACCCCGUGCAUAAUUUUGACCGUAACAGAAAAGACAAGAAUGGAAAUGUGAUCGCCAUGAAGAAAAACAAAUCGAAACGUACAAGAUCUGGCAAGGUUAAAACACACACACUGAAGAUGUCUCCUUCAGAAAGACUCUUAACAGUGUCCCCAAAAAAGCUGUCGAGUCUCGGACACGCAGAGCUAUCAUAUCUCUACCACAACUAUGUUGACAGUAAGCAGAUCGAGUGUCUGGAUCAGCAGCGGUUUGGUAAAGUGACCGACGGAGGGUGGGACGUGUGUGCGGACGACAAAUACAUUCCAAAGAAGCCAUGUCUCGUGUACUCAUUCGGUAUUGGUGAAGAUUUCAGUUUUGAUGAUGCUAUCUCGAAGAAGAUUGGCUGUGAAGUUCACUCGUUUGAUCCCAGUAUGAAGAAGAAAGACUACCGCCGUGCCAGUGGUGUUCACUUCCACCGGCUUGGGCUGGCCAACUUCAACGGAACGUCACAACCAGACGGCUGGCUCAUGAAAACGCUGGCUGCUAUAAAACAACAGCUGGGACACUUGAAAACUAAGCUGGAUAUUUUAAAAAUAGACAUUGAGGAAUGGGAAUGGAAGGUGCUGCCCGACCUGCUGUGGAAGCACCAGCUGGAUGACGUGCGCCAGUUCCUUAUCGAGAUCCAUACGUGCGAGACGUGCUCUGUCUACAACCCGCAGCUGACGGACAAGGAGCCGAGCAAACAGAGAUAUGUUCUUGCGCUGCGCCUGCUCCAAGAUAUUUACAAGGCGGGAUUCCGAAUAUACCACACACACAGAAACGCUGCCUGUCAAUACGUGUCCCGGUUUGGCCUGGAGGAAAGAAGUGCGUGUCAUGAGCUUCAUUUUGUUAACAUCAGAUGAGACACUUUAGUGUUGUCUUGCCUUUACUAAAUCUAAAGGAGGGAUAUAGGUACUACAUUUUUUUUUUUGGCAGCAACAGGGCUAGCUAGCUCUGGCACUAACCAAAUUCGCCAGUUGCGAAUUUUGAAAGCAAUUGGCGAAUUUUAUUUUAAUAUGGCGAAAUAAUUUUAUGUAAUAACUGACAUUUUUUUAGAAAAUAACUGUUGAUUUUUGCGGUUUAAUAAACAAUUUGGCGAAAUGUUAUUUUCACCCAGAGCUAGCCCUGCAGGAACAACCCGUGUAAUUGAGGAAAUGUCCACGGUAAAAACAACAUGCCAUUGAAAAAAUAUAUAUAUAUAUUAUAGUCCAAGGUAAACAAAAAUGUGUUAUGGAGAAUUAAAAACUCCACGGCAUUGCUGAUUGCUGUGGGUAAUUGCAGGGUUUGAGCGAUGAUGAUGUCGACUUUUGCGAUAAAAGUGGUAUCCUCAUUAUGUGAAUAGUCAAACCGACUUGUAACAUGUGAUUUGUUGGCCCUACAAAAAUCGGAACGUGUAAGACUAAAGUUGUUCCAGUUUAGGUGUUCUCAACAGUGCGAUUCGAUCGCAUGCGACAAGUCGGUGCGACUAAUCGCGUAAUGAGAAUACCCCUUAGCAAGUUUCACGUUUAGAUGACUUUGUCACACAACUGUAAGUUCUAGAUCGACGAAAGAUCGCUUAAAGGCAUAUUGUCCCAGACCACUGACCUAUUUAAUUGUCUAACCAAGUAUUACCUGAACAAAAAUUAUUUGAUUUGUCCCUAAAUGUACUUUAUUCAUCCAUCGUCAUAA